UAAAUGCGGCCUAAUAUGCGUUAGAAAGUAAGAGAGGCUUUCCGAAGAUGCAAUUAUUUCGACUUUUCAACUGGCUGCUGGUGUUUUUUUGGCUCAGCUUGUGGGGCUGCUGGGCCCAACAGACGCAUAUUAAACUGGAGCAGGGCGAUCUUAUUGGCCUCAAGGUUUUUCCGGACGGAGCACGCAGCGCUGUCUAUGCCUUUCUGGGAAUACCCUACGCACAGGCGCCUUUGGGAUCGCUACGAUUUGCUCCUGCCAAGCCUCACAAUGGCUGGAACCGUACGCUGCAGGCCACGGCGAUGCAGCCCAUUUGUCCGCAGUUGUCAAAUACUAUUUAUGACGAGAGUCCCGAUGGCAGCAUAUCACCUGCUGCAAGCAACAGCGAAGACUGUCUAUAUCUAAACAUCUGGACACCCGAAUCGGGCUUGCGUUAUGGCCAAUUGCCUAUACUGGUAAUUAUAAGCGGUGAGGAUUUUGCCUAUGACUGGCCACGUAAUCGCAUCAAUGGCCUGGACCUCGCCGCCGCCGAGGGCAUUGUUGUGGUCAGCGUGCAGUAUCGCAACAAUAUUUAUGGGUGGCUGGGAUUGGGCCAGGAGCAUCGCCAGCUGCCGGGAAACUAUGGACUGAGUGAUAUUCAAAUGGCACUGCGUUGGCUACAACGCAAUGCGCCCAGUUUUGGAGCCAAUGCCGAUCAAUUGACGCUGCUCGGCCAUGGUAGCGGUGCUACUUUGGCAUUAGCCAUCGCACUGCAGCCUGCACUUGAUGGGUCUCCGUUGUUUAAGCAACUGAUUCUGAUGUCCCCAGGCCCUGUGCUGUAUGCCUUAAGUGCUGGCCAUCAAGAGCGCAUUGUGGCCACGGGGCGCACACUCGUUCAUAAACUGGGCUGUCAGUUUGAAGAGGCACAGCAUCGCCAGCUCCUGAGUUGCCUACGCCGCAAAAGUUCCGAGGAUUUACUGCGUGCCUAUGAAAGCGUCUAUAAUCAUGGCAAUGCCAGCAUGCAGCUGGGCGUGCAGCUACCCCAAUCUGAUGAGCUGGAACAGCGUUUGACAAAUGUGUCUCUGCCAGCAAUGCUCCUGGGCAUUGGAUCCAAUGAAGGCGCUUUCAUGCAGGAUUACUGGCUAGACGUGGCACGGGAUGGUCAGCAAGCUCUUCACACCUAUAUCAAUGGAACGCUCUUACCAAACGUUCUACGCUCUAUGAACCUGCAGCUGGAGGCAAGUAUAAGCGACGCUCAAUUGGCAGCCAUUCGCUGGCGUUACUUUAGCAACGAUGCCUCAGUCAGUCAGCUGCUGUGGGGCAUGCAGCGCCUGCUUUCAGAGUCGCUCUAUGAGACGCCCUUCUUGCGCCUACUGCAGCUCCUCAAUAACAGCAGCACCGCUAGCUAUGCCUAUGUCUUUGAUCAGUCGCAUGCCCAUGCGAUGGACAUGCGUGGCAGGCAGAAUUUGUUUGGCGGCGCCUCGCAUAGUGCAGACCUACCACUCCUACUGGGUCCAAGCUUAUUCCAACAGAUUGCGCGUCGUCGUUUUAGCACCGAGGAGGAGCAGCUGUGCCGCAAGCUGCGCGGCUCCUUUGCUAACUUUGUGAAAGGCGGUAAUCCCACACCCGGUCGCAUUUAUGACGCCUGGCAGUCAUACACACAACAGCGUCCGUUUAUUUACGCACUGGGCGAACUAACCAAGAGCUUAGAAUUGCCAACCAGCGAGGAUGAGGCGGCGAUUGAAGAGUUACUAAGUGGUAAGCAGCAAAUAGGGAUCGAUACAGAUCGCAGCUUGUCCAGGACAAAUCGACAUGACAACUAUCGGCAAAGCAAUGGCAACUCAUAUGUGACUAACAACCAGCUAGAUUCCGGCUAUGGCAAUCAUUUGCGGCGCGUUUAUGGCUUUUGGCAGGUUCUAUUGCCUUCAACUCAGGAUGCAGAACUCCGCGAUGGGAGUGGCGGUGCGUUGAGGCAUCGUGUAAAACUCUUGGAAGCCAGUGCGGAUGCAGCACGCUAUCGUCAAGGGUUUUAUGCUAUGCUUGGACUAGUGUGCCUCCUUCUUGGGUGCUUAGGAUUGUGUGUUUAUCUGUUGCGGCGCGAGAUGCCCCAUAGCAGACGCAUCUCAUCAGAAGAGCCGUCUUAUGGUUUAUGA